ACUGAAGUCCCCGCGGUUGCCAAGGGCGACACAAGCAACAGGCGACGCUGGCGGGCAAAGCCGCAAUUAACUAACCUGCAGUUUUUACAAAAUUGUUAUUAUUAUUUUUACCUUGACAACUUUAAGGUUGCUUUCAGUGUUGUUUGUGCUUUAUGUAGAUAACCGUUACUGAGUGGAAAUGCCACCAAAGGCAGCUAAAAAGGGCUCAGCCAAAAAGCCCAGUGCUCCGGGAGCCGCAGUUCCAGCCAAGAACUGGGAGUCCGGUCUCACCAAAGCACCGUUUGAAGAGGAAUCAUGGAAGGCCUGUGUGUCUUGGGUAGUUGCUCAAAGUCCAGAAGAUGAGGAACUGGUCCGGGUUUUGACUCUGGCCGUACAGCAACCACUACGCAAACUUUUCAGCUUUUUGACCUGUGACGACACCCUUGCAAAGAUCCAUGACCUCGGGAAUCCCAAAGCAAAAAAACCUGAUGAUAUCCCCAUGUUCUAUGAGGUUACAGAGUCUGCCAAGGCACUGCUGGAUGGAGGACACGAGAUUCCCUGUGAACUGAUGGCAAAGGUAUUGAAAUUCCAGCUACUGCAGCUCAAAGCCAAUGAUGAGAAGAGGAGGGAGGCCGAGCAGGAGGAGAAGGCAAAGGGUGGUCCUCUCUCUGCCAGCAAGGACAAAGGAAAGACCAAAGUCUCAGACAAAAAGGGGAAGAAUCCGUCAUCACCUGGGGGACUUUCCAAGGAGAAGAAGACCAAGCUCAAACGCAGGGAUGAGGAUGUUGAGCCACCAAAUUUCAGAGAUGAUGAACCAGAAGACGGUCCUCAACACUACAUCCUGGUGCUGGGCUUCUACCAACCCCACCUGAUUGCUGCCCUUGAUGCUAUAGGCGUACAUGUAGCUAAUGUUAUCGAAUUGUGUUCGAAACACACACACACUUCUGAGGGACAGCAGGAUCAGCGUUACUGUGGGAGCAGAGAACAGAGCCUGAGAGCUUCUCCAGUUCUGGAUGCAGCAGAGAGUAAUGGUGGUGCGCAGGCCAGGAAGUUGGCUCUAUUUUGGUCAGGUCUGAGACCAGUUUUGGACAGUGGGUCACUGGAGUCCAAGCUCCAUGAUGUGGUUCAGCUCAGAUUUGCUUUCCCACAUUCCUCAUCUCCUGUCCACACACAGGAUCCUGAGGCUGAGCUGGAGAUGGGAAUCCAAAUCUUUGAGGGUGUUGCCAGUCUCAUUUAUGACUGUCUAGACUGGCGACGGCAACACCAGCACUACCUGAACCACCUCAGACUCAUCGGGGUACCCACCGUUGUUAGGCUGGAUCCAGAGGUUGUGCCGACCCCUCUCCCCAUGACUUCAUCCUCCAAGAAGUCAUCACAUGAGGAAAACCCACCAAAUGAUAAGGAGACCAAGCAGCCUCUCCAGCAGCCUUUCCUCUCUACAGAUGUGGACAUGCAUUACUAUAGCAACCUACUCGACCUGGUUCCCCCUGAAGCCUGCUCUGUGCCUCUAAUCUUGCACUGUAUGCUAGAACAGGUGGCAAUUUCAACAGAACAGUCUUCAACCACCCUGUCCCAUUCUAUUGAGGAGCCCAAAAGUCGCAGUGGUCCCGGGUUAGAUCAUCAGCUGGUCAGCUUCAUGCUCCAAAGCUUUCUGCCUCUGGUGCACACAAAGGAGGAGAGAAGCCACAUGUUAAAUAGCUUGCUGACUACAGCACGGAAUGACGAGGAUGUGAAGCCAAUCCCCACCAGCUCCACCGUCAUAUUUAGAGUGCUGCCGCUGCAGCAGAUAAGGCAGAGGGUAUGCUCAGACGUGCUGCGGCGGGGGAGGGCUACACGCUUGCCACAAUACAAUAGGCUUGUGGAGACGUUUGGAGCUGAGGAGACUCAGAAGAAGUCUGAACAGCCUCUGGUUAUCAGACACCAUAAUGAGAGGGCGCUGCGUUUGAGGGAUAUCAAUGUGGCCAGUGGUUUUGAUCCAGCAGAGGUGGAGCUGUCCAUGAUGAAGCUGUCUCCACUGUGGGAGCUGAUCCACUCAGGACCUCAGCAGAGAAACAGUAACUCCCAAUGGAUGGCAGUCAAACAGCAGCUGCAACACUACUGCACAGACGAUGUUGUAUCAUGGCUGGAGGUGGAGCGUUUGUUUCAUCAGAGUGUGUUUGAGAGUAUGCCACUGACCACACUUGACCAAAGGGGUGCACUACUGAAUACUCCUGGACUACUGGGAACACUGGAUUCAGCACAGCAACAGACACCUACAGUAAUCCCCUGGGACAACCCACUAUUGUACGCUAAAGAGCAGCUUAAUAACCUACGGACUAAAGGUCAGACAUUUCUCACUGAAGAUCCUGAUAACACCGAGCGGAUCAGCGGGAGAGUGUGUGGCCAGCUGGACUUAAAUGACAUUCAGAGCUGUAGGCUGAGAUCUCUGUUUGACUGGCACUACGUUGAACACCAUGAUGCCUCUGUCUUCCCACAGGUUCUCCAGUUGGCGUCCGAAGAUUACCGCUGCUUGGACACUUUCAGAGGAAGCCGUAACAACAUCCUCUACAUUUUCUGUCACAAUCCCAUGAGCCCGUAUCGUCAGUGCAAGGAGUUCUGGGAUGUAGCCCUUCACACUGAUGUCAAGUUCAGGAAGUACCUGGAACGUGUUGCAGACACCAUUUCAGAGUGGACAAAAGAGGAGGAAUUAAAGAGGGAGGGAAUGCAAUUCAGAAACAGCAGCCCAGCUGAGUCUCCAAAAGAUGAAAAGGCUACAGAUUCUGCAGGGGAGGAGGACAGAAUGGAACCAGUCAUCAGAAAAGACUCACUUAAGGCCUGGAAGUUGGAACAGGAGCGGCUAAAGGAGGAGGAGAUGGCCAAGAAAUCAAAGAAGGACGGUACACCCAGAGGCAGGCAGCAGAAGGAGGAGAUGAGGUCGACGGACAACAAGACAAGUCAAACUUUGUCUAGUGGCAAGAAAGGCAGAGAAGAGACAGCAGGCGCCUCAGCCAAAACUCCCUUAGAGUCUGUUACUGCAACAGCGCCCCUUGUGGCAGAAAACACAAAAGAGCAUCCGACAGAGAAACCCUUCAACGGUUUCACAGGCUACAGCAUGGAUGGAAAGUUGAUCCACGUGUCUGGUCGUCUCCAGUAUCUUUUCCCUUCAGAUGGAGGACACAUCACAGUAGAGAAUAUCAGCUAUGUUGAAGGUUCCAGUCUGAUGAAAGUGGCUGUGAAGAAGGAUGGGCAUCAUUUCUACACACACAUCAACCAAGUUUUUGUUGAUCUGGCAAAGCCUCCCCCUUGGCCCGCAGAUAAAGAAACCAAUGGUCAAAGAAAAGAUUAUAAAGUGUCAGAGCCUGUGGCAGCAAAAACAGUGAAGCAGGGCUCCUUCACAGCAGUGUUAGCCAAUGGACUCCACCUCUCAUAUAGUUUCUAUGGUCCCACGGGAGAAUACAAAGUGAGUCCCCAGGAAACAGAAGGAGGGGCCCACGAGACCUCCACCUUUGUCCCAAUCCCCUUGUCCAAUGGGACAGACCUGGAUUCAGUUCCCUCCGAGGCACGUGGCACAUCCAGCCAUUCCAGACCUCCAGAGUCCCAGUCGAAGGUGUGUGAAGGCCAGCCAGCAUUCAACAGCCUCAGCCUGUCUGUUCCUAAUGGCCUACUGCUGCAGUUUCUGCGUGAAGAUGCACAAGGUCUGCCCUCAGAAGAGCAGGGUAUGUUGGUGAAACAGGGCUUUCCUCUUCACGGCAGAGCAGUUGUAGGACAGCUUCAGGACCCUUCCCUCUCUAAAGAACUGUCCCGCAUUGUCACCAGUCAGGGAGCUGUGAUCCGAUACAUGAGAGACGGGUCCACAGAGGUUCUGUUUGCUGAUGGCUCAGUCAGUUUUAGCCCGGAUUCUGGUCCAGUGUGGGUUCCUGACUCUGAGGUCGUGGAGGAAAACACCUCUCAAGAAACUGAGGACAACAAGAAAGAAGAGGAGUCAGAGAAGGAGGCUGAUGCUCAAAGAGGGCAUUGGAUAACUACAACUCCAUGUGGAGCUCGCAUCUACACUGUGGGGACCACACACAAACACAUCCCCACCACACAGCUUCUCACCUUCAAGGCUACAGACCCCAUCACACGUGAGGUGAUGCUGACCCGGGAGGAUCUGGUGGUUUCUGUCCAGAAGCCAGAUGGAUCUCUAAUUGUUGAACACGCAGACGGAACCAGGAUUACCAGUCUCUGCCAAGACACACAACCAAACACACCACAACCCCCAGGGGAGCAGCCUGAGAUCGUGACCCUUAAAUCAACUUCUGAAUGUGCAUGCGGCUGCACUGAGUGUGUGUGUGUCACACGGCGUGCAGACAGCACUGGUGACAGCGUGCACACUGAGGAUGCCUCUGGCAGCGGAGAAAAGAUUAGCAGUGACUGUGCGAGGAAAGGCUGUGACAACGAGGACACUGGAUACGGUUGUGCAAAGCUGAAGGAGAGUGAGCACGAUUGGAAUGAAAGAGAAAGUAGCGUGUAUAAGAACGGCGAGGAGAGCGUGGCCGGAAACGGUAGGAGGCGCACAUGUGAAACCGAUAAGGGUGGUGUGUCGACCAAAGAGCAGGUGGUGUUGGUGGAGAAGGAGGGCUGCGCCACAGUGGUGAUGUACCCAGAACGACACACGGCUCACGUCUUUUUAGCCGACGGAACUGUCAUCACUGGGAAUAACCAAGGAGCUUAUCAAGUGUUUCCAUCCAGCGUGGGGCUCCUGGAGAUCCAGACUGAUGGGAAGUGUGUGUACUCCUCAGACCCCCUUGAUACCCCCGGUCCAAACGGUGGCAGUCAGGCAAACCAGCUGGGAACCUACACCAUGAGUCACACAGACAGAGUUGCUUGUGACAUUACAGACCCCGAUGGGAACCACUUUGAGGUGAUGGAAGAUGGGCAGUUAUCAGUGUUGAGCUUCAGCCCUGCUCCAAGCACAUUUAAACAGGAUGAGGAGGAACCAGAGGAGGAGGCAGACAGAGAAAUGGCCCGGAAUAAUGUAAAACACAGAGAACAUUGUCCCAGGCUCUUUAUGGUGCAUGAAGAAGGUUCAGGCACUGAACUCCUGAGCUCUCAAACCGUAGAGGAACUGCUGUACCAAGCAUACUCUGACCCUACUGUAGCACUGCUGAAGGAACCUCUGCCAGACACACAAGAUGAGUUUGGCAUUUCCAUCCUAAAGCCCAGCCAGCAGAGUGUGUGGUCCCAGUGGUUAAUAGCGAAACAGAACCCUGACAUCACCCCUCCCAACCUCAGAAACCGCAGCUGGCAUGACUUCCCUAGAACAGAGAAGAAAAGCUCAGGCCCUCUAUUCGGUACUGACAUGGGACGAGGUCUGACUCUGAGAGAGAGGUGUGGCGGCUCUGCGGCACAACGUCAGCCUGUCAGGAGCUGCCCUAAAGUCCUGGAGAUGAGGGAACUGUACCAGCACCGACCAUUCACGAAGCUGCUCAAAAAUGCUGUUGACACACGACUGAAGGUAUACAUAGAGAGUCUGAUGGAGAGGGAGCAGCGAUCAGAGGAGAUGAAAGUUAAAGACCCCCGCGAUGAGGAGGAGAGUGUUCACGCCAGCAAUCUGCUCCACCUGGUUUUGUCUUUUGAAGCAGAAGAGGAUGCAGGUCACACCUUUGAUAAGAGGAGUUCAGUGGACAUACUUAGCCUGUACAACCAGGGAGUUGGAGCAUCAACUGAGCAGUCGGGUGUUUCAGAAGACACAGGAACAGUAACUAGUGCCAGUUUUGCUAGUGAAAAGGAGUCAAAAUGGACUGAAAAACUUGCACAACACAGACAGGAGAUGUGUGAGGAGCAGGCUUACAGAGAGGCUCUGAGGAAGAACAAUAUUGUUCCUUUUUUUCAUCCAGAAAAUUUUCCACUAUACCAGAAUCUGCUCCAGUACCAAACACCAGACCUGAGGAGUCUAUCCAUGGAUCUCCCUCUGAUCACCAAGUCAGACAGUCCUGAGGCCUUCCUGAAAGAUGCCCCACAGGAGAACACGCCACGACCCUUAAACCCAACGCCCUCUCGGUCUGCAAGUCAUCCAGGGGGAAGCGAUAGAAAGCUUGAUAAAAGACCCACCAACCCGACGCCUCAGACUGCUGGUGAAAGCAGUCUGAGGGGUUCAUUGGAGCAAUGUAAAUCAGUCCAGGUUGAUGUGACUGGAAAGCCCAGGAGGACUAAAGUCAGACUGCCAAACUCUAUCCAAAGCUCUAAACCCUGCAGCGUACCAAAUCAACAGUUCCUAUCAGUGGAAGAGCCAGUGAGACGGAAGUGUCGAACCAUUUCUCUGACCGAUCCCAGUGUCAUAGCGAGGGGGUUCCAGCUCCUCCCAUCCAGUGUUAACUUUGGUACACUGCAGGAGGGCACGUCCUCAGCCAUUACUGUGAGGAUGAAGAAUGUGGGUGUUGACACCUGCAGAUUUCAUGUGAAACAGCCCUCUCCUGCCACAGGCCUCAGAGUCAUCUACAAUCCUGGCCCUGUGGCUGCAGGGUUGCAUGCUGAGCUGCAGGUUCAGCUGUUUGCCAUGGGUGCAGUCCAAGCAGGAGAGGUAGAGCCAAAGAAGUACAUCUCCCAGGAUAUUAUCAUCCACACUGAAACAGACAUCCUCUACCUGCCCGUUACAGCUACCAUCCUUCCUCAGAGGUUGUAUGACAUUUGGCUCAGGAACCACACAGGUACACACAUUAGGAAAGGCUCGAGGGUAAGACACCUGUCCUCCAGCCUACCAGGUGGACAGAGGGGCUGUACAGUCCCUCAGACGACCCAGUACCCUCCUGACCGGUCCUUCAGCAAGCAUGGGACAUCCUAAUCUCGCCAGUCUGUGAGGAAUGCUCAUCACAAGUCUCCAAUUAGAUGUCACCCAAUUCAAGUCUUCAUCGUCACCAUCAGACCACAUGCCUCUCUUUUAUUCCACAAGUUUAGUUUUUGGAUGAUUAUCUGUUCUAAAUAAAUCUUUUAUCACUGUUACUGAAA